UGAUCAAUAAGUUCUAUAAAAGCGCUAGAAACUUGUGGUAAGUAUUCAAUGCGAGUGUAGCCUUCUAGUAAGAAACUUUGUUUAAUAGAUUUUUAUUGUGACAACUCUAGUUCCAGCAGUAAAAAUGUUCAAAGUGUUCAGCAUCCUGUUUGUUUGUGCGCUGGCUAAUGCCGCACCGGAUGAAAUAGCGGUGCUACCGUCCGCUCCAUUGGCAGCAGCACUGCCGCUCUACAAGUCUACACUUGUCGCCGAGCCCACACACGUUGAAGUGCACGAACCCGCUUUGGCUAAAGUUGGCGAAUUGGUCGAGAGUGUGCCCACUGCUGUUUCCCAUCAGAGUUCAACGGUUGUGCAUAGCAAAGCCCAACGCAUUACACCAAUAGUGACACCCGCCGUCCGCUCAUACGCCGCACCUGCCAUUCAAACUUUUGCACCGUUCCUGCAGCACGCACCGCUGUUGCGCACAUUGCCAUUCGGUUUAGGUCCAGCCGCCGCCUUUGUUCACGCCAACGCUCCAGUACAAGUGCGCUCGUUCGCUGCGGCCGCUCCACUCCCAGCACCAGUCUAUCGCUCCUAUGGAUUCACCGCCUAUGGUCAUCCGCUGGUCUAUGCCUCCACCGAUUUUAAGAAAUAAACUGGCAAUAACUUCGACAUGCGGCUCAUUCCAGGAACUUUCAAAAAAUAUAUGUAUAUUUUAAUUGAUUUAUCCAAUCCAUUCUUUCUUGCGUUCGAUAAAUGUAUACUGAGAAAAGAAGAAUAAAUCCGGAAUUCUGUAAAUAGAAU